CUUUGCACCCAAAAGCUUCUUUGUCUCCGCUUCAUUAUUUCCUCGGUGAAGGCCAUGUCUGCCUCAGGCCGGCUGUAAUUCCAUUAAUCCACUGAGAGUGUAGCCUGACGCUUUUCUCUUGGGAGGGCGGUUGAACUGCUUUUGAAGAGAUGGAGACUUCAGUGUUUUUAUUUUCAUUAUCGGCCCUCGGCAUUCUUUAUGCCAUGAACACCAUUCCAGAGCUUCAAGAGCCGUACGUGAUCCUGGGGACUGGUGUUGCUGUGUUGGUCGUUGUGUUCCUGUUCUACUUCCUCAUCACUCGUCGCAACCCGCCUAAAGACGCUUUAUUCUUUGUUUUUGCUGAAUUUUCAUUUACUUGUGUCAUUGACCUGACGAGUGCCUUGGAAUAUGACGGCAUUAUAUCUGGAUUUAUGAAUUUCUACCAAAAGACAGGAGAACCCUAUCUGGGAACAGCCUAUGCCAUCAUGAUGUGCUACUGGGAUGGAAUAGCCCACUUUAUCAUGUACCUGGUGAUGAUCAGCAGGAUAACAGACAGGAAAGCGUACCGUAACCUCGGCUUGCUCUGGGCCGGCUCUUUGUGCGCCAACAUGAGCGUGUUCAUUGCCGGGAUAGUUGCAGGUAAAUACGGCUCAGAGAUCCGGCCGGCUUUCUGGCUCAACUUCCUCUUCCUAUUGAUGCCUGUGUGGGGAGCUGUCACGCUGUUCACAAGGCCCAAGGACAGGCCGCUAAUCGGCGGAUACAAUGCGCAGCACGCUCAGAGCAUGAAACUGAUUUGGCGUCCCUUGGACCUGAUCCUGGUUCUGCUUCUGUUGGCUGCCAUGGCCUUCACUGUGCUCAGAGGUUUGGUGGCCCUGGACUCUCCCCUCGAGGCCUGUUCUGUGUACCUGAAGCACUACGAACCCUACCUGAAAGAUCCCGUGGGCUUCCCCAGAGUCAUGAUGCUGCACUUUUUCUUCUAUGGACUCCCUCUGUUUGGUUCGUUUGUUUACGGUCUCCUUAAGCCCGGCUGCACGUGGAUGUCAGACUGGACGGUGUUCUGCGCUGGAGCCAUGAUUCAGUGCCAGUGGGCCCACAUUGGAGGGUCCCUCCAUCCUCGUACCACAGCUCCAUUUCAUAUCCCUCACGAUGUUUUCUGGUGUGUGCUGGCAGCUAACCUGCUCUACAUGGUCACUCCUAUCCUGGUGGCCCUGCGUGUUCAGAGUAAUCCCUAUUUCUUCCUCAAGAUCUCCCCCUUUCCCGGGCAAACAGGUUUGCCAAACAGUGAGGAGAAAGACACCAAGUAUAAAGACAAAUAAUCAUUCUUAAUCUUCAUUGACCUUUGGAGUAUAAUCAAUCAUCUGAUGAUUCGUGAAGAGCUGUUGUAUUUUAAAUGCCAUGUUUUGAAAUGCCAAAAUACAAGAUUAUUUUGCUCAACA